AUGUUGCGCUCCGAAGCAUGUAUGUCAUCUUCCCGGCGGACGAAGUCGUACAGCUGUCAUUCGGUCGACCAGCAAUACGUCAGCGUCAACAGCAGCGGUCCGGUCAAUGUUGCUAUUGCGACCAACACCGUACUGUCCAAGGUAAAAAAAAAAAUGUAAUAUUUUAAAAUAUCCCCAAUUUUUUCCACGUUGAAAAUCGUUCAGGUUAUACAGUUGACCGUAUUAUGAUAUGACUUAUCAAAAGUAAAAUUAUUAUUUAUUAUAUUUGUUAUUAUUCAUCUUAAAAUUAAAUGACUAUACACUAUAUAAAUACUGGUAUGUGAUGGAGCAUGCGUGAUGUAUGAAUAUUUUAAUUUAAACGUAAUAAAUUAUUAUCGCUUUAAAAAGAAAAAAAAAUUGCUUCCGAGUAGUAUUUUGAAAUUUUAACGCUCGUACAUACUAUAUAAAUUGUUUUAUUAUUAUCUUAUUUUUAGUUUUUGUGAAUUUCUUAUAAACUAUCGAAAAAAACAAAAACAUAUUUAAAUGUUCGGAUUGACUACAUCUCUAUACAAAUUGUGUUUGAAAUUAUUGAAAGAGCCCUGAAAAGUUCCUCCAAAAAAAUACAACUUUAAAAAAAAUUAAGCCGUUGACCAACGGCUCUACGAGAGAAUUUCGUUUAGAAGGGUUUGUCACUUAUCCGUAGCCACAUUACUCAGCUGUUUCCAAAGAUCCAAUUCUUUUUCAAUAUUCAAUAUUUAUUUUUUUGAAAAGCCAAGGCGUUGCAAUUCCACCCCCUUCGCAGUGUCUAUGUGCAACGCCGCUAUAGUAUCUAGAGUUUAAAGUUUAAACCGGAUGAGUAGGAAAGAGUUAUCAAUUUAUCAUCUAAAAAUAAGUAAGUUGCAAUUUAAUACCUUUCCCUAUUCCUUCUGUCUAAAUUUUAAACUUAUAUAACUCAUAAAUGGUAAAUCUGAUAUUAGCAUUAUGUAUACCUAGCAAAAUGUUUAGAUAAAUAAUCUCUAUUUGAAUUUGAAAGGGGAGGAGGGUUGCUGUUUAAAAAUCCAAAGUGGAUACUUCUUUCAUGUAUAAGGAAUAGUGAUAAGAAUUGAAAAUUGUUGGACCAUGAUAAAAAAGUCUCUCUGUAUAAUUGAAGCAUAGUUAAUAUAAAUAAUAAAUUAGAUAGUUUAUAAGUAGAUAGUUAUAGGAUAAGUCAUUACAAUGUAUUCUUGUGUACAUAGGACUGUAACCAUUUUAUUCUAUUUAUUUAUUAGUAAACCAUAUAAAAGACUCUAUAAUAAUAUAGGUACCCUUUACAUAAAAACGGCAUGUCUAUUUUCUCACGCUUCAACGGAAAACCGGACGCUUUUAUAAACACAAGAUAUAAGUUGUAUUGUUCUUGUAUAUUUUAAAUUUGUAUAUUUUUUUUUUUUGUAACUCAUUUAUUUAUGUAUACGUGACGUUCAGCUGAAAUAUUUGAGUGCUUGAUAAUAAUGAUCCCCUGGGGUCCGAUGCUUGAAUAUUUUUUCCACAUUCAGAUCCCUUUUCACACCACUCCAAUUAGCGUGGCAAAGCAAGUGUCUCUCGCUGUAGCAUAAAACUCGGAGACAAAAAAAAUAAUAUUCCCUUUAGUUGACUAUAUUAUUAUUAUUAUACGAUAGAAAAUACUAGCAACCGCGGUAAAAAGUGGUUUCAGUUGUUAUUGAACAUGAAAUAUUAAUUUUUACGUGUGUGCUUUAGACCAGUGUUUCCCAACUGGUGUUUCGCGGAACCUUUGGGUUCCGCGAACCAGUGCCAAGGGUACCGUGAGGAAUUUGGGAAAAAAUAA